AUGAAGGAUGAACUAUACAAGUUCGAAAUGCGCAAAGGCUGGUCACAAGUGAAAGAGCGCGGGGAUGUUGGGGAGCUCGGCGGCCACAGAUGUGUGGGCCAAGUACCAACCCCCACCAACGCCGCAGGCCCCAUUACUUACCUCCAACCUUCUCUCUCUUCACUUCUUUACCUCUUCACCUCGUCAUCCAUUCGCCUCCUCAACUCCACCCCUCUGGCCCCAUACUUCUCCAUCUCUCCAUCAUCACGAAGCAACGUUGAUCAUCGAGCUCGAACACAAAACCAUUUGGUAACUGAACGACGACAAGCCUUUUCGCCCAUAAUGCGUGAGAAUAUGCGCUCCUCCCGCCCUGCUGCUGCUUCUGAGCAGCAACACUCCGAUGACCAGAUGGAUGUCGACGCAACUCAUCUCAACGAUCAAGUUGUCAUCGCUGAGCAAUCCCUCAACGAGGUCGUCGCCAGACGCAUCCGUGACGAUGCUAUGAACAACGCUCGUGAUGCUAUGACCGCCAAUACCAUGGCCGGCAAUCAUUUUCCUACUCUCGCCUCUGCUGUUCCCGCGAGGAUGCUUGCUCGUUCCUCCGAAAAACCGUCGGGCUUGGAGUAUCUACUCAAGCAAGCAGACGAGGAGCCCACUACACCCUUCCCUGCGGUCAAUCCUAUCUCCCGUCGUGACGACCCUGACGGCUCCCCGCUCCCCGCCAGUUUCCGUGCUAGCCGUUCCGGGGGUCCACGCUUGCAGCUAGACCCAAAGGCAACUACUCCAACCCAAUGGGCGACUGCACACGGAAAUAAGUCGUCGCCAGUCGUGGCUCAGGGUAGUACUACGCCUGCUGAUGGAGAACCACACACCCCGGCUCUUCCGAAAAAAAGUGUUGCAGCUUUUAAUGCGAUUAAGAAAGCUGGCGGUGAAAGAUCCGCAGAGCUUGUGCGUCGCACCAACGGAAGGUUCACAACUGAGCAGAUCAAGUGGCUCGAGGACGGAUACCGUCGCUGUACGAACAUCAAUAAGCUUACUGAACUGUUCAACGACCGCCAUCUCGACGAUCGCACCACUCAAGAGAUCAGCGACACCUUGUACAUUAUCAUUGAAUUCAACCGCGACGUCGACAAGGCCGGGCAUACCGAUACUUGA